CCUCCCAUUGGCUGGCGCUGCUCCCUCGGAUUCAUCCGGCUGCGGCAGAGCAGCACACUCCCCUUCCUGCCUUGUGCCUUCCAUCUCCGAUCUGCCAUGCCACGCCAUGGACAGCGAAACCCCACUGCAUAAUCCACUGACUAUCAAGAAGCCUCCGAGAGCGGUCCCGUCGGCCUGAGACUUGGAGGCGAGCGCGCGAGGCUGCGGGAGCCAUGGUUCUCGUGGCGCUGGGCUGCUCCCCCGCAUCGUCACUCCCCGCUCGCACCGCCACUUCCAGAAGAAACUGUAGCACCACCAGACUGAGAAUCGUCAGAUGCUCUCUGAAUGAGGAAACACCACCGAACAAACAUGGAGUAGUAUCCAAGCAGAUAAUCUCUUGCUUUGCUGCUUCGCUCGUGUUCAUCUAUCCACCUAGUCAGGCUAUUCCUGCAGAAACCUCUGCCCGGCUGGGCUUGUGCCAGAUUGCGACAGUGGCAGCCAUCGAUAGUGCUUCAGUUCCUCUAAAAUUUGACAGCCCUUCGGAUGAAGGCAGCGCGGGGAUGAUGAUGAUGAGGGGUAUGACUGCCAAGAACUUUGAUCCAGUUCGCUACUCUGGUAGAUGGUUUGAGGUAGCCUCACUGAAACGUGGAUUUGCUGGUCAAGGACAAGAAGACUGUCAUUGCACUCAGGGUGUGUAUUCAUUUGAUGAGAAGUCACGCUCAAUCCAGGUGGAUACAUUCUGUGUCCACGGUGGACCUGAUGGAUACAUAACUGGUAUUCGGGGCAGGGUGCAAUGCCUGUCUGAAGAAGACAUGGCGAGUGCUGAGACAGAUCUUGAGAGACAGGAGAUGAUCCGUGAGAAAUGCUUUCUUCGGUUCCCGACACUACCGUUCAUACCCAAGGAACCCUAUGAUGUUCUUGCAACUGACUAUGACAAUUAUGCAAUUGUAUCUGGAGCAAAGGAUACAAGCUUUAUUCAGAUAUACUCAAGAACACCUAAUCCUGGGCCAGAAUUCAUCGAGAAGUACAAGUCCUAUGUCGCCAACUUCGGCUACGACCCGAGCAAGAUCAAGGACACCCCGCAGGACUGCGAGUACAUGUCCUCGGACCAGCUCGCCCUGAUGAUGUCGAUGCCCGGGAUGAAUGAGGCCCUGACAAAUCAGUUCCCAGAUCUAAAGCUGAAGGCACCAAUAGCACUGAACCCAUUCACAAGUGUGUUUGAAACCCUGAAGAAACUGCUUGAACUGUACUUCAAGUAAAGGGUGUAGCAUUGUUCAGCAUCCAUCUGUCCACUUCUCCACUUGGAGCCUCAAUUGAAUAAAGUUCAGUUCGCUUGUUCUGACAUUUGGUAAUCUGAAUAUUGGUAAAUUCUUUGCCUUUCCCAGAAGAAACAUUCAGUUUAGCA